UACAAUUAAUUUUGCGUGUAGUAUCUGUUAAAUUUCGCAUUGUUUUUAUUUUUGGCCGUAGUGAAGUGUAGGAUAAAUGUCAUUCAUGAACCUUGUGUUCUUCAGCUAGAAAAUCGGGAAAAGCAGAGCCUUAUAUAUUUUGUUCUUUUGGAAAAAAUGAAGCAGGGUUAUACAGGUGCUUUAAAACCUGUUUCGGGUAAGUCUGUUAUGACGUCUAGCACAAUUGAGAAUCAGCUGAAGAGAGAAACUAUUGGCCUUGAGACGCUCGACAGUUUUACAACUAAGCGACAAAACUUGAUAUUAGAAGGUGCCUCGAUACCGUCCCGACCAGAGAAGAAACGAAAAGAAUGUGCGGAGCUUUCAAAACUAAGUUUUGUCGAUGAGGAAUCUGAAGACGGGACGGAAACAUUCAUGCCUGUCUUGACAAAGCGUAUUUUAAAAGACCCUUCCGUAGAUACGAGCUUUUUACCGGAUCGUGAUAGGGAUGAAAAAGAGCGCCAAGAAAGACUCAAACUUAAGAAGGAGUGGCUAGCUGCUCAAGAAAAAAUUAAAGCUGAAAAAAUCAACAUUACAUACAGCUAUUACGAUGGGACCGGACACCGACGCAGUCUGGUCGUCACAAAGGGAACUAAAGUGGAUGAGUUUUUGUCCCAGGUUAGAAGGGAGUUUAGGCAAUUGCGCAAUGUCGCAACGGACCAUUUGAUGUUUAUCAAAGAAGAUUUAAUUAUUCCCCCUAAUUAUAGUUUUUAUGAAUUAAUCGAGACCAAGGCGCGUGGCAAAUCCGGGCCUUUGUUUUACUGGGAUGCCCAUGAUGACAUCCGAUAUAUGAACGACGCCUCGAUGGAGAAAGAGGAGAGUCAUGCAGCCAAGGUGGUAGAAAAGAGGUGCCUUUUUCCGAUUCGUUUCCCGGAAAAUAUCUUUCUAGGAUUUAGCGAAAUAUAUGUAGUGGAAAUGCGCUUUUCAUUUCCUAUGAAUUUCAGUGACUGGCACAUUACACUUCGGGCAUGGAAACACAGGGUCAACCAUCGUUGCCAAUCUUAUGCAAUAAUAGCAAAAAGUAUGGCCGCAGUUUGUUAA